AUGCGUUGGAAUCUUGUCCAGAUCCUUCCUUUGGCCUUUCUGCCCCUCGUGGAGGCCGCAGGAACAGUCCAGGAUCUCUGGGAAUCACCACAAUACCCGGAUUACACCACCACCUACACGGCGGGAACUACAAUCAAAGUCAGUUGGGAUCCGGAUCUCGUCACCCAGUUUGCCUUCUUCUGCAAAGACUGCGAUGUCUCAAAUGUAGAUCUAUGGCUCACGGGGACAAGUUAUACUCGCAAGCUUGAAGCUGGCGUAGAUGUCAACAAGACAACAAGCUACGAAUGGGACAUCAGCCUCGACGACUCCGACAUCGAAGCCUCAACAGAAUGGACAUUCCGCUUCCUUCCCGCUGAUGCCGCCUGGGGUACCAACAACCAGGAAAUCUCCUCUGCUAAAUUCAACCUCGACCCUAGACCUUCUGCCUCAUCAUCGUCUGCAACACCUUCGCCAACGCCCGACCCAACGUCAACAACGUCAGCUCCUAGUGCGCCAGCGGCUACAGAAACGAGCUCUAAUGACGCUAACUCCGAGGACGUUAACGAAGACGGUGGUAGCACUCUCUCAACAGGUGCGAAAGCUGGAGUCGGUAUCGGUGUUGGCGCCGGCGGUCUUAUUAUUAUCGCACUCGCCUUCCUUCUCUGGAAACGUAUGAGUGCACUAAAGGCCAGCAAAGCUGCCGGGACUGGGGCUGUCGGUGGGUACAGCAAUAUCAACCAAUAUCCGCCUCCAAGCGAUGGGUACAGCCCAGGCCAAAAGGGAUACUUUGCUCCGCCAAUGACCAAGGCUGCACCUAUGACAUCGUCUAUUACAACUGGACCUGUUGCUUUGACCGAGCUGCCUGGAGGUGAGAAUGCUCGAGAAAUGGAUGCCGGCACAGACGCGCAGCGCCCGCCCAUUGAAAUGGACGCCAGCCCACGUCGUUAG